UUUACUGUUUGUGUAAUGUUUCGAGUGGCCAUUUGGGCAGAAUGGCUGCUUCCGGUUGGAAUAAGCGGAGUUUCCGCUCUGCCGCUCCUCCCGUGUGCGCAUGCGCGGUGUCCCGGCAGUCCGCGCGCCGUUCGAGGCCAUGGCGGGAGCGGCCCCGCGCUCGGGCCCUGCGCUCGGAGCAGGCCCCGACCCGGGCCCGGGGCCCCGCCACCGGCAAUGGCGGCACCGCGCGGGCAGCGGGGCCGGGGCACGGCGGGCAGCGAGCGGGGAACCGGCCUCGGGCGGGAGGAGCCCCGCGAAAGGCUCCGCGGGGAACCGGGGCUGGCGGGGCGGCAGCAGUUCCCUGUACUUCUCUUCCAGCAGUGAUGAUGAAUUUGAAAACUUUUUAGCUAGACUGAAAACUCCCAAAUCUGUUUCUAAAAAGGCAGAUACAAGUUUGAAAGACUUCAUUGAUGACUCGGAUGAUUUCUUCUUGGACUUGAAAGUAAAAAAGAGGACAACCAAGAGUGCACAGAAAGAUCUUCAGACCCCAAAAAAACUGAUGACACCUGGAAAGAGGAACACUUGCUGCCAAGAAUUGCAAUAUCCAGAUACUUCAAGUGACACUGAAGAUUCUGUCUUUGUAGAAUCUCCAUGCAAUAAUCACCAAAAGGAGGGAGUGAAAGACUUAAAAGGGAGUCAGAAGUGUGUAAAUCUUUCACCUCCACAAAAUCGGAAAGAGUCACUUUUCAAAGGCAGUCCAGAUUUCCUUGUUAGAAGGAAAGAAAGAAGCUGUGAAAAUACAGAAAAUAAAUUGCCAACUGUGGCACUGGCACAUGGUACAGGGGUGGAAUCAGAUAGCUCAGAUGACAGUUUUGGAUCUUUAAUGGAACGCAUAAAGAAGCGAACUGGUCAGAAACCAGUCCUAAGCACCAGUAAAAGUGUCUUUGAGCCAAGCACAACAGAAAACAUCAAGCCACCCUGCAAAGAUGCACAGCCUGUGAAAGGGGAGGGAGGCAAGACACUAAAGCCCAAAUCCAUUUCACUUCAAGAAACACCUUCCAUGAUGAGGACUCCUGCAAGAAUUCCUGGGAAUGAAUCAGUCAGUUGCUCACAGUCAGAAAAGACAGAAAAAAGGGUCAGGGUAUGCUCAGUGCCUGAUUGUUUCUUGCAAGAUCUUUCAAAUCCAGCUUCCCACUAUGUGAAGCAUUUCAAGAAAAAUAAAGAGGAGCUGGCCCGGAAGCUCUACAGGCUGUUUAAUACUACCAUCUUUGAGCAAAAGUUACCAGAGGAGAUGGAAAUAAUCUGGAAUAAGAAAAUGAGAAAAACAGCGGGGUAUUGUGUAACAGGGCAGAGGGAAGGCCCUGAACGGAAGCGUUACGCUCGCAUUGAACUCUCUGAGAAAGUCUGUGACUCUGCAGAUCGCCUUCGGGACACGCUGAUCCAUGAGGUUUGCCAUGCAGCCACCUGGCUCAUCAUCGGUGUUCGGGACGGACACGGGCGCUUCUGGAGGUUCUAUGCCAACAAAUCAGCUGUAAUUCAUCCAGAGCUGCCAGUGGUGACACGCUGCCACAGCUAUGAAAUUAAUUACAAAUUCACCUAUGAGUGUGUUCGGUGCAAAACUACGAUUGGGCGGCACUCGCGGUCCCUGGACACGGCGCGGUUCGUGUGCGCCUUCUGUGGGGGGCAGCUGGUCCUCAGGCAGCCCCUGGGCAAGGUGGGCACCCCUGCCAGGACACAGCUCACUCCCUUUGCUAAGUAUGUGAAGGAAAACUAUGGACUUGCUAAGAGAGAGCACGGGCUGAGUCAUGCAGAGGUUAUGAGGAAACUCAGUGCUGAUUUUGCUUUGAAAACCAAGCUGGAAGAUUCCUUUUAAUAUCUCAAUACACCUCCUUUCUUGGUGCCACUUAAAUUUUGUAUAGAGAGCAGUAAAAGUUCUGAGCAGCACUUACACAUAGCAUGUCUUCAGUGACUCCAAUAAGUAAGGGAUUUACUGUUUCAUCUGGGCAGCUGAUAUGCUGUAGACUCUGUGUGUGUGCUGAAGAACUGCUUCGUGUGCAUCUGGCUGGGAUUGCCAGAGGCAAGAAAGUCCAGGCCCACCAGCCCAAGUCCCCUGGCUCUGAAUAACUCCAAGGCAGGAGAAGGGGCAUGCCUGAGUGAUCCUUGGCUGUUUUUAUUAAAAUUAAGUGGUAGUUUGAUGAUGCCUCAAAUCUUUUAACAGAAAGCCCUUUAGUCCUCAGUAAGACUGAAGCUCUUUGAUUGAAUUUGAAUGUAGUGUACCUCUAUCAUUGAGAUUUAAUAGAAACUAAAAUAGAUGCAGAUGGUCAGGCUGGGGAAAGCAGAUUCACUUUCCCCCACAGAAUGAGAAGGUCUUGUCGUGGCUUAAGUCUUUCAUGUAAAAUGCAACUGAAUAUGUGUUACAGUAUUUGUGUCUUCUGAAAGCAAAUUGCUCAGGGGCUUAAUAAAUUUGAUAAUCAAUAAAUGCCAGUUUGAUACAAACUCUUGCAAUGAA